AUCUCGUCCAAAACGAGAUAUCGAUCAAAAUUAAAGUCGGUGUAAAAAGAUAUAAACUCGCAUAAGAACGGACUGACAUUAUCUCCCUUCAAGGAACUCUCCAUCUUAUGCCAACAUGGACAAGCAGAAAUUGGCAUCGGCAAAAUCCUUGCCUGUACAUGAAAUGGAUACCAACAUUUUGUUUGAGAAAUUCACAGUUGAAGAAAUCAGAGAAAUUGAAAAGAAAACAAGAGCUGACAUAGAGAGAAAGAAAGAAGAUUUGCGGAUCAUGGUUGGAGAGAGAUACAGAGAUUUGAUAGAGGCUGCUGAUACCAUCACAGAAAUGAAGAACAGUGCUCAGAAUGUAAUGUCAUCUAUAGCGAAGAUGGAGGACAUGUGUAAACAGUUAAAACAAAGACAUAUGAUAAAGGGUUCUUCUUUCCAGCAGAGAAUAGGCCAAGAAGAUGGGAAAAAGCAGGAAGUUCGUUUUUAUGGUAUUGCCUCCCAAAUUAAGUUUCUUCUGGAUAUGCCGGAAAAGAUAUGGAGUGCUUUGGAUGAGGAGGACUAUUUGACAGCAACAAGGCAUUUCUUGUUGUCACGCCACAUUCACACGAGUCUACAACUGGAAUCACAGCAGUCGGGGAAUCUGCUGACGCUGUUCCCCGUACUGACUCGACAGUGGGCUGCUAUCAGUCACUUCAGGACCACAAUUCUCCAAGGCUGUAGGAAUGUACUAAAACAGGCAGGAGCUAAAGAUGAGCAAAUAGCUAGAGCUUUGUGUUCCAUUAUUGUGUUAGAAGACAGCACCCCCAGGCAGGUGUUCAAUGAAUUUCUACUGGCAAGAACUGCAGCAGUGCAGCAGUUGUUUCACCCAAGCCACCAAAACGCUAGUGUGAAGGAUCAGAUCUCACUGAUCGUUCAGCUGAUAACGACCACAGUGCACCAGAUUCACACUGUCUUCUACAGCCCAGAAAUACCAUCUGACAUCCCCUGCAACCUGCUCCUGAGUAUUUUGACCAAAGUUACAUCGGAGAAACAACAGGACAGUGGAUUAUUAGAAACUCCUGGAUCUAUGUCUGCUAGAUGCUUGCCUAAAUCUGUACUAGAAUUUGUGCCAACACUGCGAUCCCAUGCAGUGCCAGUGUCUGUUCAGCAUCUCCAGGACAACUGUCAACAGUGGAUCAACACGUGUAUGAACAAUGUAACAAGUGGGGUUGGAAAACUACUCAGCUUUGUCAACACUGUUAAACGUUUAGCUGACAUUCGCAAUGAAGUAUGGCUGUACUUGAAACAAGACAGCAGCAUGCAGGCCUGGGAUUCAGUAUGUCUGAGGAUUCUGAACAAACAGCUGUCAAUUUGGCAUGGAUUUCUGCAGCCACUCUUUAUAAACAGAGUCAAGGCAUUGAUUAAAUUUCAGUUGGAUACCAGCACUGAGUUAACAAAACGUCAAAUUACCAAGGUUGUUAUGGCAAUUGGCUCAACAGAAGAGGGGAGUCUAGCAGACACUGACCUAGCUGGGUACAUCUGGCGAGAGUCCCCUGGAGACAUUCCUGCUAACAUGUCCUGGACUAACGCCACCUCCAGAUCCACCUCUGAUAAUCCUGGAGGACUUAUUAUGAAAGCCAAGGCAUUCACCCCAGUUAUACAGAGUUUGUGUAAAACUUACGAUGAGAAACUACAAGGCAUGCUUCAGGAUUCUCUGAGUUAUCUUUCCCUGUCAGCAUCAGAGGAGGGAUCAGAAAUGUCACAGCCGUUUGAUCGCCUCUCAGACACGGAUGCACUGUGUGAACACAUUCAGACAACCUGUACAACUUGUUUAGAAGAGUUACUUAAAUGCCUAAUGGAACAUUUAGAGUUAUGGGAGAAAUCUUUGCAAGAAAUAGCAGAUGAUGGCAUUAAUCAGCUGACACAGGACAAAGUGCUUUUAGUUGGGAGACUGUGUACUGCUAUUGGGGAUAUGGUACCAACCUUACAGCAGUGCAUUAUGGGUAAAUCAGCAAUACUUGGAACAGACAGUGGCAGGGGACAUAAGAAGCAGUCUACUCAAAGUAGCAGCAAAACUUCUGAGAAUAAUGCAUGGGCCGGCACAAAAGGAAUGCUGUGUAGCUGCCAUAAGGAAGCAUACAGAAUUUGGCUGGACCAUUUAACACAGACAGUAGUGUCCAGAUUUCGGAAUGCAGUUUGUUCGCGGGAACACAGGGAUGCUCUUAUCCACUGCACAAGAUGGGAUGAAGUCAACAUUGAGGAAGAAACGGAAGAUGGGAAAAAGAUCACCUCCAAAAUCAAGGUUCCCAUGCAGGCCUCCUGGUAUGUCCAAGAUCUGCUGUACAGUCUGUGUCGGGAAAUUAAUAGAGUAGGAGGCCAUGCAGUACAGAGGGGAACUUUACAACAACUUGUCUUCAAGGUGUCUGAUGAAAUAAUGAAAUGCUUUGAAGAGGUUAUUUCUAAAAGUAAAAAGAAUGACAAGGAUCACCUCCCAUUGACACAACAGAGGGCGCUGCAGCUCAUAUUUGAUGUGAAAUUCAUUUUGCAAACCAUCCCUAGAAAAGAUGACACUGCAGAAAGUAAAUCCUAUCAGAAAUCAGCAGCCAGAAUUAUUGAGUCACUGGAAGAGAAGGUUGACCCCUUUGACCUUGAUGUUUUCUCUCCCUACAUGAUGUCACACCUUAUGAAGCAGGGACAGAGAUCAACAGUUCUGUACGGCUCCUUGACCUCCCUGGAUCGGCUAGGACUGUUCAGUAUUGGAAGGCCAGGGCAGUCAGGGCAGAAUGAACAACACAACGUUCUACCUCUCACUUCCUGUCCGGGCCGAUUCGCUCUCCUUCCAAUCAGUACCCAGCCAAUCAGAUCGUCCAUACAGGCUCCUGCGAUGCAGCAGUCUUUGUAUAAACCCAAGGUCGCAGACAGUGGUUCCCUCUCCUUGACAGAAAAAGCAGCGGCGGUUCUACCACAGACCAGCAGUAUACAGAAAGAGAGUUCCUUCUACAACAAGCUAGGCAGCAUGUCCAGUAUGUCGGAACUGUCCAGCUGGUUCUCAAACAUCGGCUCCAAAUCCUAGCCACUACCAGACAUUCCAAUGGUGGGCUUCAGACUUGCCACAGUGAAUGAGAUGAAAGUGUUAAUGAUACAAGCUAUGGGGCCAGUCUAUGCUACAUUGUAUGCCGAUAUCAAAUACUGUAGAUUCCUAAUUCACUUGCAUUUGGGAAAAGUUUCCAUUGUAAAAUCCAGUCUUGCUAUUAUUUAUUUAUUACGUAUUUAUACAGAUUAAAGUUCAGACUAAAGUACUUGUGAUUUUAUGUGGAAUGAGAAUUUUGCUAAACUAAGUUUAGUGAGAAAUCUACAGUACUAUUGCCUUCUCCAUAAUAAUUACUCUGUAUGGCUGUAAUGUUACCUGUGAUAUGUACAUGUUUAUAAUUCAGAGGGAAAUAAACAAUAAACAAAUA